AUGAGAGAGAAAGGACUUGUUUGCAGCUAUUACAUUAAAAAGGAGUUGGUCAGUCUUUUGGAACGUAAAGGUUGUGUACCUGAAACGAAAUUUUGGAAAUUUAGAAAUAUGACUAGCUUCAUAAGUUUGAUAUUUAGUUUUUAUCUCUUACGCGAUUCUCAGUCUAUUAGAUUCAAGCCCGGACUUGAUCUGACACAUGAAUUGAAAGAUGAGUUAAUGAGACAAGUGUUUAAAUUUGAUUUCAAAAUGUGGGUGAGUGAUGAUUUUGAAAAGUACCAUUGGCAUUUUUCAGAAUCACAAUCGGAAUCUUCACUGUUUCUCUAUAGUGAUAUUGAGGUUUCAACCAUCCUAUAA